AUGUCGGACGGCAAGUACUUUACGACCACCAAAAAGGGUGAGCUGGCCGAGCUCAAGGAGCAACUGCAGAGCCCCAAGAAGAACGACAAGCGCGAUGCCGUCAAGAAGGUCAUCGCCAACAUGACUGUCGGCAAGGAUGUCAGCUCGCUGUUUUCCGACGUCAUCAACUGCAUGCAGACAGAUAGCCUCGAGCUGAAGAAGCUCGUGUACUUGUACCUGAUGAAUUAUGCCAAGACGCAGCCUGACUUGGCCAUCAUGGCCGUCAACACGUUUGUCAAGGACUGCGUCGAUCCCAACCCCCUGAUUCGUGCCCUCGCUGUCCGAACCAUGGGUUGCAUUCGCGUCGACAAGAUCACCGAGUAUCUCUGCGAGCCCCUCCGCAAGUGUCUGCAGGACGAGGAUCCCUACGUUCGCAAGACAGCCGCCAUUUGUGUUGCCAAGCUGUACGACAUUGACCCGCAGCUCGUCCACGAUCAGGGCUUUAUUGAUGCCCUCCAAGAUCUGCUUUCAGAUGCCAAUCCCAUGGUCGUCGCCAACGCCGUGGCCUCACUUUCGGAAAUCCACGAGUACUCGCGCACUGGCAGCGUUUUUGAGCUCAACGCCGGUACGGUCUCAAAGCUCCUCACCGCGCUCAAUGAAUGUACCGAGUGGGGCCAAAUUUACAUCCUCGACUCCCUCGCCCUGUACGAGCCCGAGUCGGACAAGGAGCGCAGCAACAUGUGCGAGCGUGUCACACCUCGACUGCAGCACGUCAACGCGGCCGUUGUGCUGUCCGCCGUCAAGGUCCUCAUGAAGAACGUGGGUCAGCUCGAGGACGCUGAGAUCCAGAUCAGCCUGUACAAGAAGCUUGCACCGCCCCUCGUCACCCUCCUCUCUGCCGAACCCGAGGUGCAGUAUGUGGCCUUGCGCAACAUUAACCUCGUGGUGCAGAAGCACCCCGAAAUUCUCAAGGCCCACAUGAAGGUCUUUUUUGUCAAGUACAAUGACCCCAUUUACGUGAAAAUGGAGAAGCUCGAGAUCAUGAUCCGACUGGCCUCGGAGGACAACAUCCGUGAAGUCCUGGCUGAGCUCAAGGAGUAUGCCACCGAGGUGGAUGUUGACUUUGUUCGCAAAUCAGUUCGUGCCAUUGGCCGCUGCGCCAUCAAGGUGGACUCCUCCGCCCAACGCUGCGUGGACACGCUCCUCGACUUGAUCCAAACCAAGGUCAACUAUGUGGUGCAAGAAGCCAUUGUCGUGAUUAAGGAUAUUUUCCGCAAGUAUCCCAACCAGUAUGAGAGCAUCAUUGCCACCCUCUGCGAGAAUCUGGACACGCUUGACGAGCCUGAUGCCAAGGCAGCCAUGAUCUGGAUCGUCGGCGAAUACGCCGAGCGCAUCGACAAUGCUGAUGAGCUGCUCGACUCAUUCUUGGAAAACUUUACCGAGGAGACACCCCAGGUCCAGCUCCAGCUCUUGACGGCCAUUGUCAAGCUCUUCCUGAAGCGCCCUUCGGGUACCCAAGAGUUGGUGCAGAAAGUGCUGGGCCUCUCAACGCAGGAGUCUGACAACCCUGAUCUGCGCGAUCGUGGCUACAUUUACUGGCGCUUGCUGCUGACAGACCCGGCCGCCGCGAAGGCCGUGGUGUUGUGCGAGAAACCGCUCAUCUCGGAGGAAACCGAUUUGCUCGAGCCUUCUCUGUUGGAUGAGCUCAUCUGCCACAUUUCAUCGCUGGCCUCUGUGUUCCACAAGCCUCCGAGCUCAUUCGUUGAGGGCCGUGUGCCCGGUCGCCGUGUCGCACCCGUGGCUCUCUUUGAGGACGAGGCGACGUUGCUUGACCUGGGUGGUGGCGGUGCCGAGUCCGAAGCACCUGCAGGAGACAGCGCCUCGGUCGGCGAUCUCCUCGGCGAUAUGGCUGGCCUCUCAGUGGGCACGGCUGGUGGCAACAACAGCUUGAGCUAUGUGCCAGCCAAAUAUGUUUGGCUGGAUGAGGCGGCUGGCAAGGGUCUGGAGAUCAAGGGUACCUUUGCGCGCCGUGGAGGUCAAAUGUUCUUUGACAUGACCUUUCGUAACGGCACCUCGCAGGCCAUGGGCGAUUUUGCGAUCCAACUGAACAAAAACAGCUUUGGGCUGAGCAUUGCUUCGCCUCUGGCCGUGCCCACACUGGCGCCAUCCGAUACCUUUGAUACUUCUCUGCCCAUCAAUAACCUGGGAGCCGUUCAGCGCAUGGAUCCCUUGGGCAAGCUGCAGAUUGCCGUGAAGAACAGCGUUGACGUGUUCUAUUUUGCCGUGACCGUGCCCUUCUUCUUGUUCCUGGUCGAGGAGGGUCGCCUGCCCAAGAAGGAUUAUCUGACCUUGUGGCGUGAGAUUGACGACGACGCCGAAUCCGUCGCCAUGAUUGGCAACGUGUCGGGGGAUGCUGACGCCUGCAUUGCCAAGCUCGAGGCCAACAACGUGUUUUUGGUGGCGCGUCGUAGCGUGACGGAUCAAGAGUUGCUCUACAUGUCGGUCAAGUUUAUCAACAACAUUACUGCGCUGAUUGAAGUGACCAUCAAGAACGGCAGUUCAGAUGUAAAGGUGGCGGUGCGCACAAGUCUGACUGACAUUGUGGCCGGCUUGCACGAGACGGUGCAAUCCAUCUUGACGGCCAGUGCUUCAGAGUGCUAG